GAACAAAAAAGAGUUUCUCUAUGGAAUUCUUCACGAAAUUCAAUUUGGGGUUGACCCCGAUAAUGAAGAAGGAAUUCAUACGGGCAAAUGGUUUAUAGGGAGUGUGCCUCCUGUGCCUCAACAAAUUGAAGGAGAAAUGAUCAAUCCUACCUUAUAAAAUAGAAAUGAUAUCGUUAUAGACGCUUUCAUAGAUCUACGUAUGUGUGACUCCGCCACUUGAAACGCUUCCCAAAUACACGGAACAGAAGGUGAAAUAUUUUUUAUUUUUUUACUUGUGGUAAAGGGUACAAAUUCUGUGUCCGUGUCUCUCGUAAGCCUGAACCAACGGUAAAAGUUCAGCCUUCAGAUUUCGGGGUUCAAACACAGAGUCCCCAAAGCGUCCGCCGUCCGCCGCCCGCCGUCUGCCGUCCGCCGUCCGCCGUCUGCCGUCUGCCGUCUGCCGUCUGCAGUCUUAGGCUGCGACUGUUUACCCGGCGAUUUCUUCCACACGGUUGACGGCACCAGCGCCCAAUUGGACCUGGAUCCUUCCCAUCUCGGUGUCCGAUUUCAUUUUCAGAGUUCAGACUGGAGGUUUUUUGUUCGGUGUUACUCCAAUUGGCAUGGUGGGCAUGCUUUUUGCUCCCCAAAGUUGAAUCCUGUAGCAGCCAUGGAGAAGGACGCUUUCUAUGUUGUUCGCAAAGGGGACAUUGUUGGAGUUUACAAGAGUUUAAGUGAUUGCCAGGCUCAAGUUGGAUCUUCUGUAUGUGAUCCUUCUGUUAGUGUUUUCAAAGGCCAUUCCUUGCCUACGGAGGCUGAAGAGUAUCUUGUCUCGCGUGGGCUCCAGAAUGCUACCUAUUCAAUUAGUGCUUUGGAUGUAAGUGCUGACCUUUUUGGCGAACUCAUGCCUUGUCCUUUUCAGCAUCCAUCUUCUCCUAAGGCUCAAACAUCCAAGACGGAUUCUCCAAAAAAGAGAUUGCAUGAGGUGCUUGAAUCAGAUGGCAAUUUGGUCACAAGUGUGUUGGAUCCUGUAAGAAAGCAUAUCAAACUGGAAACUUCAAUUGCGGCUCAAUCAAUCUCUUCUAAUUGUGAUUCCUGUGUUCUCGAGUUUGAUGGUGCUUCAAAAGGGAACCCUGGACUGUCUGGUGCUGGAGCUGUACUACGAGCUGAAGAUGGAAGUGUGGUCUACCGUUUACGUGAAGGUGUGGGCAUUGCAACGAACAAUGUUGCUGAGUAUCGAGCUGUGAUUUUAGGUUUGAAAUAUGCACUUAAGAAAGGGUUUAAACAAAUUUGCGCAUAUGGUGACUCCAAUCUCGUCUGCAUGCAGGUUAAUGGUCUAUGGAAAACAAAGAACCAGAACAUGGCUGAUUUGUGCAAGGAAGUCAAGAAGCUCAAAGACAAGUUUCUGUCUUUCCAGAUCUCUCAUGUUCUCCGGGAAUUCAACUCUGAGGCUGAUGCUCAAGCGAACUUGGCCAUAAAUCUUCGAAAUGGUGAAGUUCAAGAAGAUUGUAUCAAGAAGUAGCUCCAGUGAUUGGAGGCAAGUGGAUCCGCUAUGCCCAUUUUGUGUGUUGCUAAUAGAGAUGCAUUGCAUGCAUAAGCUUACGCUCGAGAUCGAUUGAAAUUUUCUUUUGCGUUUGGGCAGGUGAUACCCAAUAGAUUAGAGGACUAUAAGAUAUCAUGCUCUAAAGAAGUUGCAUCUGUGCUCUAAAGUUUUCAAGUACUAAGUACAUCAAACCUGCUUGAUGUGAAGCUCAGUGUCUAUACUUUCCUCCCA